AUGGACUCGCAGACCACCGCCAAGCAGCAGCGCUCCGAUUCCAUGGCCUCGACCGGCUCCGCGGGCUCCGCCGCCUCUCCUCGCCGUGCCUCCCACGGCUCAGGCGGCCUCUUCGCCUCCCUCCACGAGCAGAAGCGCUCCAGCGACCCCGCCCAGCAGGCCCGCCGCCAGAGCCUCAACGAGCAGCGCCCUACGCCCGGCUUCCUGGGCAAGAUGUGGCAAAACUGGGUUCACGGUCCCCAGCAGGGCGGCAGCACCUCCUCCUAG